AUGUCUGGAGAUAGCGAGAUGAGCGAUGCCGAGAAAAUACGACUCCGUCGAUUGGCUCGACUAGGUAAUCCUGGCACGCCGAAGGCUUCCCAACCCUCAGAACCCCCAGCUCAGAGCUCAGCCAGUCAUACACCAAGAGAAGUCUCCACCGCGCCCGGUUCAUCGCCAUCACUGUCCUCGGCUCCUCCCAUUCCCUCGCCAAAUCCACAACCAGCUCAGAUUAAAUCACGUAAUGAUGUGCGAUCAACAGAUGCUAUCCGCAAGCCUGCUCCCCGUACGAUACCGUACACCGAAUGGCUGGAGCGACAUCUUUCCUUGAUCUUUGCUGUAACUCUGGAGAAAGCGAAGGCAUCGAAUGGUAACUUGUGUUGGUUGAAAGACCUAUAUGAGGAGUUGAGGGAAGAGAAUACUAUGCCCACUAUGAGCAUGAGCCUAGUGGAUCGCAUUCUUAUAGCAAGACUCUCUAUGGACACUCAGAGCAUGGCGUUAUCUGAUGACGUCGAUAAGCUGGCAAUCGUGGCCAGUUUGCCUGAAGCUGAGACGGUAUUUGAAUACCUAGUGGGCUGCUGGAAGCGACUCGCCCAGAGCAGUCGAAAUCUGUCAUCUCUGGAUGAGACAGGCAAAAUCGAGUGGCAGAAGGAUCAUGAACGGCUAAAGCAGCUCAUUAUGUCAUAUACAUCAAUGACUUUGGAAGAUCCAACAAUGUUCCCUCAGCCUUCGGACCGGCUCACGGGGCCUGCCGAGUUCCUGCCGAUCUUGCUUGAUCUCGACUCCUCGGAUCAUGUGCUGAACUCGAAUGAGCUUGUCCCAUUCCUCAAUGACCUGGCCGUAGCUGCUGAGGACAGCUUAAGUGAAGUGCUCACCCCAACCUUGAGCCUCUUCUUCCAAGAAUGGUUCAAGAUCGUCCCGACGCCUGACCUUAUGGGAGCCGAUUGGAGAAGAUACUUGGGGGCUAUAGCAACGCUGGUACGGUCAAAACAUAUUGCUGCUACCCUGCCAACUCUCCCCAUCUGGCGGGCAUCAGCUGUAUCCGCUCACACCCUGGAAUGGCAAUCCUUACUUGGGCCCCUCCUGAGAUUGAGCGUCUAUCCCAGAGAAUUUCCUGAGAUAUGGAGGACUUAUUUCUCGAACCCGACUGAGCGCAAAACGGACGACAUCAAUGCCAACAAAUCUAAUCUCCGAUUCACGUUGCGAAGCGUUCAGACUGAUCUCUUCACCAUAUUCAACGCCAUCAUACGCAGCAGUCCGUCCGCUCGGGAAGCCAUUUUGGACUACAUAUCAUGCGCGAUCACACUCAAUUCCAAACGGGCGGGUAUGAGAGUCGACUCGCGGACGGUAGCCUCGGAUGGCUUCAUGAGCAAUAUUUUGUCAAUUACACUGAAGCUCCUAGAACCCGCUAUGGAUCUCAGCUUUACAAAGAUAUCUAAGAUCGAUACCAAUUGUUCACGAACGAAACCGGUGACGGAUGAAGAGACUCGUAUCCAUGCUGCCAAGGAAGACGUGGACAAAUACUCGGCAGAGGAUGCGCAAGGUCCAAAUCCAAAUUCCAAUCCUUUCAUCACCGACCUCUUUCACUCAGCUGCAGCAUUGCAGCAUCUUGGGCUGGUCAAGACAAUCAGCUCUCGGAUACGCGGAGAGAAGAAUAUGUCAGACAUGGAGAAAGAGCUGAAGCGGACUGAGGCAUCUCGCGGAGAGUGGGAAGGCAACGCCACGCUUCAAGCUCAAGGGGAUGCGGCGAUAGCGAAACUCAGGGCUGACAUUGCGACCCUGCACGCCACUAUUCACGCAUACGACACACAGCUUCUCGAACCAGCAUUUGUCCGCUCAAAUAUUGACUUUUGUUCGUUGAUGAUGACCUGGCUACUUCGUCAAGUGGACCCUAAGCAGAAUUAUCCGGCAUCGCCGAUCAAGCUUCCCCUUCCUUCACAGGCGCCGAUCCAUUUUAGAGUCAUACCAGAAUACUUUCUGGACAACAUCACCGAGUAUUUCGACUUUCUGACGCGUUAUGACCCAGAGCGGCUGGAGGAUCACGAAAAGGACAUCUUCAUAACAUUCGCGUUGGCCUUUCUGUCCCCCGGUUACAUCAACAAUCCCUUUUUGAAGGCGAAACUCGUUUCGAUCCUUUCCAAUGGAUUGUAUUCUUCGGCACACCACCGGAAAGGCAUAUUCUUCGAUCGCCUCAGUCUGCAUAGUAUCUCGUCCGAAUAUCUCAUGCCUAGCAUAAUCCGAUUCUUCAUUGAAGUAGAGUCCACGGGUGGUCAUACCCAAUUCUGGGACAAAUUCAACUUCAGACGCGACAUGAGUCACAUCUUCCGCUCCCUCUGGGAUAGUCCGCUAUUCCGAGCCAGCUUCGUGAAAUCGAGACACGAUGACUUCGACCAAUUCAUCAAAUUCAUCAAUAUGCUCAUGAGCGACACAACAUUUCACUUAGAGGAAUCGCUUACGAACUUGACCAAGAUCAAUGCUAUUCAGACUCAGCAGGCAGAUGAGGCGUCAUGGAGCCAACUCCCAAAGGAGGAACGAGAUGAUCUUGUCAGCCAGAUGCGUCAAGCCGAAAGCUCGGCGCCAUAUCACACGGUCAUGGGUCUCGAUCACGUGGAACUCAUUCGAGACUUCACGGCGACGACUAAAGAGCCUUUUGUGACGGCCGAGAUUGUCGAUCGUCUAGUGGCUUCUCUUGACGAGAAUCUAGCAACGCUGGUCGGUCCGAAGAUGCAAGAACUCAACCUGGCAAAUGCUGAUCGAGAACGGCUCUCUUUCAAACCCAAGCGCCUGCUUGCAGGUAUCGCUCAAAUCUAUCUGAAUCUGGCAGGAGAGGCCGACUUCGUGCGCGCUGUUGCAAACGAUGGUCGCAGUUACUCUAGGGAGCUCUUCGAGCGCUUCGCUCGGAUACUCAAGCACAGAGCGAUCAUGACCGAGGCCGAGGUUCAGGAGGUAGUGGCUUUCACUCAGAAAGUGGAGGAUAUGAAGGCCACGAUAAUGAUUGAGGAUGAGAGAGAAAUUCCUGACGAGUUCCUUGACCCACUCCUUUCGACUCUUAUGAAAGAUCCUGUAAUACUUCCGAUGUCCCGAGUGGUUGUCGAUCGGGGCACGAUACGCACUGUCCUAUUGUCAAAAGAAGUGGAUCCCUUCAACAAUAUGCCACUCAAGUAUGAAGACUGCAUCCCGGAUACUGAACUCAAAGCCAAGAUUGCCGCAUGGAUUGCAGAGGGAAAGACGAACGCGUCCGGAGACGUGAUGGAAGUCGACAAUUUGUAA